GAGGCCAUUUCACACGGAAAAUUGCCCAGCGUGAGCCAUGCCCGCACCAAAUCGCGCUAUGUGGGGCCAAAAAAAUAAUCGCAAAUUAAUUAUCGGCAUAUUCGGCUUCUGCCUGGGACUAUUUGGCAUAUUGUGCGGAAUGUUCUGGGUGGACCUAUUCAAUUGGAUCAUGAAGAAGGAAAUGGCUCUGGCACCCAACACACGUGUCUACGACAACUGGAAGAGUCCACCAUUGGAUCUCAAUUUGGAUAUAUAUCUGUUCAACUGGACUAACCCAGAGGACUUUGGGAAUCUCUCCACGAAACCUAUACUGGAACAGGUGGGGCCGUAUCGGUUUAACGAAAAACCAGAUAAGGUUGACAUUAACUGGCAUCCGGAUAAUGCCUCCGUGACAUACCGAAGACGUAGCUAUUUCUAUUUUGAUGCCGAGGGCAGUAAUGGCAGUCUGGAUGAUGAGAUUAUUACUCUAAAUGCAGUAGCAUUGUCUGCUGCUGCUACGGGAAAACAUUGGCCUGGAGUAAAGAAGGCCAUGAUCGAUGUGGGCCUCAAGAUGUACGGCGCCGAGAUGUCCGUCCAAAAAACGAUCGAUGAACUCCUCUUUACAGGCUAUAGCGACGCCAUGAUUGACGUGGCCCUAGCCAUGCCCAUUUUUGGUGACGAGGUGAAGGUUCCAUUCGACAAGUUCGGCUGGUUCUACACCCGCAACGGAAGUGCAGAUCUCACGGGUGUUUUCAAUGUUUUCACGGGUGUCGAUGACCUGGCCAAGUUGGGCCAAAUGCACUCGUGGAACUACCAGGAAAACACUGGCUUUUUCGAUUCCUAUUGUGGCAUGACCAAUGGUUCCGCCGGAGAAUUUCAGCCACAGAACUUGAAACCAGGAGACAGUGUCGGAUUAUUUACGCCCGAUAUGUGCCGCACUAUUCCAUUGGAUUAUGUGGAAACGGUUGAUGUUGAAGGGUUAAAAGGAUUUAAGUUCUCCGGAGGACCCCGUUCUGUGGAUAAUGGUACCCUAUAUCCUGAGAAUCUUUGCUAUUGUGGCGGAGAAUGUGUUCCCUCCGGAGUGAUGAACAUCAGCGCCUGCCGCUUCGGAUCUCCUGUCUUCAUGUCCUAUCCCCACUUUUUUAACGGCGACCAGUACUUCGUGGACCAGGUGGAAGGUCUGGAGCCCAAGAAAGAGGCUCAUGAGUUCUACAUGGUGGUGGAGCCUAGCACUGGCAUUCCCCUGGAAGUGGCGGCCAGAUUCCAGGUCAACAUGCUGGUCGAGCCCAUUGACGGGAUUAGCCUUUACACAGACAUUCCCAAGAUAUUCUUCCCACUGAUAUGGUUCGAGCAGAAAGUGAGAAUCACCCCAGAAAUGGCCGAUCAAUUGAAGCUACUCCCCAUUGUCCUGCUCUCUGGGCAAAUCUUUGCCGGAGUAUGCCUGGCAGUUGGCCUUAUUCUACUCUGCUGGGCUCCUGUUCAGCAUAUGAUGUCCUGGUGCAGGAGUCGCAGAUACGAUCUGAAAACACAAUCCAAGUCGAACGGCCAGUACAAGAGCCGGUCUCAGUUCUCCAGCGCCGAGGAGUUAAAGUCGAAGGCUUCUACGCUGGUGUGCGAGAAGAGUGUCAAAGGAUCUCCGGACAGUUCUCCGCUCCUAGAAAAAAGCCGAAAGCCUGCCAUCAUAAAAUCGCAGACGGGCGAGAGUGUGGCCACCGCUUCCACAGCCCUGAGUGGACAAUAAACACGAUUGAGGAUUGUCCAGGUUGGAGAAGCACCUCCUAUGCCAUCUAGAUAGUUAAGCCGUCCUAGUGCUUUAGUCUUAGGUCUUAGUUUAAAAUGAAGAAACACCCGACUAAAUUUCAACCAUUCCCUGUGUGCCUAUGCCAAAGAUGAGACCCACGGGGUCGACUGUAUUUUUCGAUUUUUGAUAAGCUUACGAAUACUCCUUAUACAUUCCCCAAUAUUAUAGAUGUGUCUUUGAAAUAAAAGCGUUUUGUUGACUUGAAAA